GGGGGAUUGCUGCCGUCGAGAGAAGAUGUUUGUAUAUAGCAUUAACGCUAUGUGUAUGGCAUGUGUCCUUUUUCCGGCUCGUUGCUCAUUGUCGGUUGGCAGGAUGAAUGGCUCGAAGGAUUGCGCGCUCGAAGCGAAACGAACGUCACUCGACAGGGCCAUGCCAGGAGCAAGGAGGGAAAAUCCUCCCGGUGCGUGGUGUGUAGGGUGAGCAAGCAGAGGGAUGUUUUUACCUUUUUAUGCUCGGUGCCUUUUCUCAGUGCUGGCUGUUGGUGUGCAUGCUUUGGUAGGCAUGUGCUACGAUUAUGCGCAAAUUCGGUACUGUGUCGGUACAUCCGUUUUGUGGGUAUGUGUGCGAAGUGGUUGACGAUGAAAGAAGGUUACGAUCUGAGGGCCCUAGCAGUCACCGUUCAAAAGCUCAAAAAACAUCGAACAGCGAACAUCGUGCGCUCUCGUUUGCUCUCGCGUGUCUCACUUGGUGGAAAGGAUUUGCAUUUUGGUGUCCUCGCCUCCCUUCCUGAUGGAUGGAUAACGACGACGACGACGACUGACCGAGAUUUGCUGGAGUACUAUCAGCGGGAUUGUGUUGUUUGCUCAGACCAGUUUCAGCUGUCGAACCGGUUGCAUUCACGAGUAGCCAUUUGUCCGCGCUACGGAAACGGAACAGUGAACUUGUGCUUGAACGAUGAAAAUAGCAGCGUGUUAUAGUUGAGUGCUUAUCACUAGUGUGUGCUGAAUACGGCUGCAAAGGCUGCCUUCAAGUGCUCUGACAAACAUAUAUCUACACACAUCUCCGUGCAUCUCGAACCGUACGCACUGGAUAACUCAGAGGAGACCGCAGAACGCUGGAUAGGAAUCAUCCUAGCUCGGGAGUGUGGCCCCUUGAAAUCUUGUAAUCAAUUGAAUUAAUUUCCCCAAACCCGAGUUUUGCCACCCGCAUUUGGCACCUUCCGAAGAACAUCUUGAAGACAAGUGGCGGUGUUGCUGGAGUGUGCUCUUCUCGUACGUGGCAUAUGAACAAACAGUGGGAGUGCGAGUGUGUGAACUAAAUACCAGCAGCGCAGCGUAUGGAUGACUCCAGCAGAAGAAGGAAACUUUUAAUUUAAGUGUUAGAUUGUUGUGCUGUGAGUUUCAAUUAAUUCCACCAACUACGGAAACUGGAGGAGGUUCUAUCUAGCGUCGGGCAAGGAUUGCUCCCGAAGUUGCUCGAGUGGCACUUGAUCAACGCCAACGGCAGCGGGCCACCGGCAGUGCAACAUGGUUUAUUUCAGUCCACGUGGUAUACAACCGCCGUGUAGCCCACCAGGAUUGCCGAUCACAUCCAAAAGCCCAACGAUGGAGUCAGCGAACAGCAGUAGUACCGAGGUCGAACCGGUCGACCAGAAACCAAUCAAGAUCCAGCGGACCAGCGGAGGAGCGCUGAAGUUUUCCAUAGCGAACAUUAUGGGACGGGACGAUGGCGACCGGGAGGAAGAAGAGGAAUGUAGGCGGAAGGAAAGACCAGCGCCACCGGAAAGUCCUCCGUCGGCCGGAUCCAGUCCGAGCUAUGAACAGAUGAGCGUGAAUGAGUCGGCGUUCAAAAAAUACGUACCUAGUUCCAUGCAUCAAUUCGUGGUCAAUCGCCACCAGGAUUUACUGAGUCAAUAUCCUUUGCUUUACUAUCCGGGUCAAUUAAUGUGUGCCGCCGCCGCUGCGCAGUACGCAGCACUAACUCAGCAUCCGGUAUCGCUGUUGAACGGAUCUUCGUUAGCUACGGCUGGGGGUUCGAGUGCGGCGAAUGGUUCGUCGGCGUUGCAUUCGUAUGCUCCGACGGCGAAUGCUCUGAGAAGUCUAGAAGCUACAGCAAUGUCUCCACCUCAUCAUUCUCUGACCCACCACAAAAAAGUGAAUCUAAAUUCAUCGACGUCUUCGUCGGCGUCAUCCAGUGAUUUGAAUAGUUCAACCAAUUCUACGAAUUCGACCAACGCUGUUUCGGUAGCAGCCCUAGCAAAGCAGAAGACGUUUGCUUGUCCGGAGUGUGGUAAAGUGUUCAAUGCCCAUUACAAUCUCACCCGCCAUAUGCCAGUCCACACCGGUGCACGUCCUUUCAUCUGCAAAAUCUGUGGCAAAGGAUUCCGUCAGGCGUCCACUCUGUGUCGACACAAGAUCAUCCACACGGCGGAGAAACCACAUAAAUGUCAAACGUGUGGAAAAGCAUUCAACCGCUCUUCGACACUGAACACCCAUACCCGUAUCCACGCCGGCUACAAACCUUACGUUUGCGAAUACUGUGGAAAGGGCUUUCAUCAGAAGGGAAACUACAAAAACCACAAGCUGACGCACAGCGGAGAUAAGGCCUACAAGUGUACCAUCUGCAACAAGGCGUUUCAUCAGAUCUACAAUCUCACCUUUCACAUGCACACACACAACGAUAAGAAACCCUUCACGUGCAAAAUCUGCGCAAAAGGAUUCUGCCGAAACUUCGACCUUAAGAAGCACAUGCGAAAGUUGCACGACGUCAGCGUCAGCUCGAGCCUCAAACGGCAACAUCACCAUCACCUCAAUCAUCACCACCAUCACCAACAGCAGCAGCAGCAAUCUUCACAGCAGUCAUCUGACCACUCCCCGCACAGCUCGGCAGCCUGGCCCGGAGGACCCUCGGCUGCAGCGACCGCCUCUUCUCUGGCAGCCCUAUCCAGUUCACCCCUCUCCACUCUGUCGAACCUGCAUCACUCGGCCGUAGCGGCGGCAGCGCUUCGCUCCGGUGACUACAGCAGCCCAUUCCUGAUGCCAACGGCACGCGGAACGCGGCUGGAUGCGCCCUUCAUCGGGAAGGUUUUCUGACAAAAGUACUACCAGCAUAACUUCGGCGGAGGCAGCCAUCUUCACCAGCCGCCGGGUCAACCUCCGACGGCCGGGAUGAUCCCGCAACCUUUGCCGCCGCAGUCGCAACAACCAACGCACCAGUUGACCGCCAGCUUGACCAAGAGCAUUCUGAUCAACUAGGUAUCCGGGGACCAUCAUCGUUCGUUGUGCUCUCUUGCAGUUUUCCUUCACCGGAAAAUGCGUUCAGUGAGACGAGAUCCACAAUUAGGGAAAGAAAACAGUGCAAUAUGUGUGUAGUUUUGGGAGAAUAUUAGAGGCUAAACGUGAGGCUAAGAACAUUAGUUAGAUUGAUAAAGUGCGCAGAGAAGGAAAAAAUCCCAUUUUUUUAAAGCUGAGCCAGUGAUUUGAGUGAGUGAUCAACGUUAAUCUAAGAAAUAGCAACAACUAAGAAUGUAAAUAAAUUCGGCAAACAUGCGGACAGUGAUCGUUUUAAAAGCUAAUUCCAUCUUCUAGAUGUGUAUUUUAACUAGGGUAAUGGAACAAGAAGUGAGUAAAGGUGAAACCAAGUGCGAGCACACCUCUUUUACACACUCAUGCAGCAAACAAAUCAAUUGUAUCACAGAUAUAGGAAGCUAACAUUGUUAGACGUGUAAGAGUAGAGCAAAAUCGGUGAAGAACGAAUUUAUUUGUAAAAUAUAGAACGGAAUCUAGAGCUAUGUGUAAUAGAAUGUUUCCAUCCUUCUAAGAAAUACAUUAAAAUCGAAAUUAAA